UCCACAAAUGUGGGUCACCCCCUUUCUUUUGAGUUAUUUCAACUUUUUCCAGAUGUAUGGCAGUUUUUUUGUCUUUCGCACUCUCUGCUCCUAUCUCAGGCCCCGGUAGCCGCUUAACCCUACAUUUCACAGCUCUACUAUAAUUGCUCCUCGUAAGUGUGCUGCGUGUGUGACAUGUUGCCGAUGCUUCGCUGCGGCCCUUGUAGGAGUCUCAAAGGCAUUUGACAGUUCAGUGCUACUUCAUGUAGAGCCACUUGGUGCUACGACAGAACUCACCGUGGCAAUAUUUGACAUGGAAAUAUCUGUUUUUUUCACCCUCCCUCAUAUCUUUGUCACCUGCGAAUGUUGUAGUCCACCCAUACUUUGUGUGGUUUCUACCGGUGAACAGGCUAACACCUAACAUUUGGGUAUUCCUUUCAACAGCAGGAGGAAGUUGACAAUUCUUUGGAAAGACUUGGAUGUUUAGCAGUGUAUGUUUUUGGACAACAUGAGGCACUCCAUACUGAAGGGAUUCCUGGUGGUUUUGCUAACACAACACAGCACAUCUGAAGGCAUGUCUGCCCCCAUUCAGUUCCCAACUGAGGCUGCCUAUCAAGAUGGCCAGACCUUUCUCCAGGAACCAGAAAUUGUGCCUUUAGUGUCCACUACCAGCUUGAAGGACGUUCAGCAGGCAAUGCAAGAAGCCUCAGAGCAAGUGAAGGGCCGUGGAGCAGGAGAAGUGUUAAAAGAACUGCUUGAGAGGGUGGUAGAGGCAGCUCUGGGUCAGGUGGAAGCAGCUGUUCAAGCAAAAGAUAUGGCUGUGGAGAAGGAAGGGGUAGAAGAAGAUGCUCAGGGAGAGAGUGAAGCUGAGGGAGAAUCUGAAACAUUGGAACCACUCCAAGACGGGACGAAUAUGACUCUUGAGAUAGGAGAUAAUGGUUUUGAGAAGAGUGAGGUAGAAGCAAGGGUGGAUACAUUUAUAAAUGUAGCUGGAGGGGGUAAAGAAGUUGUCAAGGAAGAAUGGGGAAAAGGAGCUGGAUCUGUUGAAGAGACGACAGACAGAGCAGCAGUGAGUUUGGAGGUCACCGGUGAGUCAUUAUUGGAAACUAUAUUAACUCAAGAGGCUGUGGAUGGAGCCUUAGAGGAGACAGAAGGGGAUUUAGAGGCUGCGAAGAAGGACAGCGAGGAGCAGGUUGUGUUGAUAGUUCUAAAGAAUGCCACUGAAAGAGAAACACAGGAUGGAGAGGAAACACCAGCUACUGUGGAGGUGGCAGUGGGCGUACAGCCAGAGCAGGAAAAAGAGGAAGAAUCUAAAGCUGGCCUUGAAAUGGCUGAUGAAGAACAGAUAGAGAAUAGCAGGAGAAAGGAAGCAGCUCUGCUUGAGUUAAGUCACACAGACCACACAGAUGGAGAGAAAGCAUUACUUCAUCCUAAUGAUCAUGUAAUACAAAUAAAAUCCGUCUUUGGAGAACCGAUAAAAGAGGAGAGAGCGGCCAGGAGAGAGGAGAACAUGGACGGACUAGAAAAACCUGACGACAGUGGCUUAGUGGAGACAGAAAAGACAGAAGCAGAAGGUACAGAUUUAAGGACAGUAACAGUAGAGGCAAAAUAUGGUGAGGUUGUAAUCAAGGAAGGAUCAGUGGCACUGGCGGUUGAAGGAGGUGACAAUGCUGGAGAGGAGGAGCAAAUUGCUUUGGAGGAUUCAGAGGACAAUAAAGAGGAUCAAGCGGCAAUGGUGAUCCCUGGUCCACAAUCUGAAGAGAGUAAGAAAGACUUCACAGAAAAGAGACCUGAAAACCAGCCCUCUGCUCCAAACCCAUCAUUUGGUGCUGGUACAACUGAAGAUAAUACGCUCAUUGAGGUGAAAUCCAACCAUCAGAGCAGUGCAAUCACCUCAAAUCCUGGAUUUUUGCCACACAACCGUGGCAGAAUCCAACCCACACUAGAUAAGUUUGAGAACAAUGUUUUUGCUGAAUAUCAUCAGGAAGAAGGAGAGAAACCAAAUGGAAUCAGGGACGCAGUGGAAGUUACACCUGGAAAAACAGAUAAGAAUGAGCAAGGCCUUGAGGCAUGGAAGACCGGGGCUAUUUUUACUGCAGUCUUCUUGGUUUUGGAGACCGUCGUCAUCAUUAUCUACGUCCUCAAAUGUCGGAACAAGAAAAGCACACCAGCAGCCGUGCAGCGGGCUUGUGAGGAAGCGUGUGUUGAACCAGAGACAGAGAUGGGAGGCGACUGCAGUGACGACACUCUGACAGAAGACAAUGAAAACUCUCAAGAGAUAACCAGACUCGACCCAUCUGAUGUGGCUUCAGCCUUGGCCAUAGAAAGGGAAAAGCAAAGCGAUGAAGAUGUAGUAGCCAUGUCAAACUGUUCACGAAGCUCCACAGAGAUGCCGCCCAGCCCAGGAUCAGACUCUUUACAAGACAUCAGGACUUCCAUAUAAGACACCCGUCUCUUUCCUUUUGCUUUAACUGAAUAAAAACCAAAGAGCCAUUUUCUACCCAACUGCUUUCCAAACAGCGUAAACCCAUCAUUUGGGUUCAACAAGUAUUCCAUCAUUAUAUUGAUUUCUGAUAUUGAUAACUGUCAUAUAUCUGUGUGUGCAAUGGAAACUAAAGACAUAACAAAAAUGUGGGUGAACAGAAAAAAUAUGCUUUUAUACCGUUGGGCUCAAGCCCGUUCUUUUGUACAUGCAAAAAAGAACUGUGACUGACAAAAUACCCAGAAAGUAGGUUGACAUCUAUAAUGUUUUGCUUUGAAUUACAUAUAAAUGUUUUUAGUACUGUAAUGCUAAACGAUGCUACCAAAACAUAAAUGGCAUCUCACUAAGAUAAAAAAAAAAAAAAAAAAAUAGCAUCUUCACACAUUUUGAUACUUGGUUGAAUUCAUAUUCUACACUGUAUUAUUGAGAUGAUAGAUUUUAUUGAGUCCAGCCCUUCAGGCUUUCCCUUAGAGGGGAUUUUGUACACAUGUACUACCAAUAAUUUACUCCCAGUCAUCUGUCUAACUCAACUCAUAAGAAGUCUUUUUUUUUUACUUUUCUGAUAUUAAAAAA